GGCUGGGCGGCGAGGCGAGCAUGGCCGCGCACAGGUACUGGAAAAGAAAUUGAGCUCGUCAUGCUGUCGUCGUCCAAGACAGGACGUGCCAUCUUAACACUCUGCCCCCUAGCAGCCCCCCCAUGGACCAAUACAAAAACCAAUCUCAAAUACAACAAGAAGAGAAAGAGUAAUUUGGAAGAAGGAAAAAUGAGAUAAAUGACAGGGCGAGGAAAAAAAAUGGAAAAUAGAAAAACACGUUGGGAGAGAAGCGGGAAUGCCACAAUCGGUGGUUUAGAAAAAUCUGUUGAGGCCCAUGUGACAACGCGUCGGUAAACAUGCGGGAGGUGGUGUCGCUGCACGUGGGCCAGGCGGGCGUCCAGGUCGGGUCCGCGUGCUGGGAGCUGUACUGCCUCGAGCACGGCAUCGCCCCGGACGGGCAGCUGUGCUGGACCGUCCAGGACGACACCUUCAACGCCUUCUUCAGCGAGACGGGCGGGGGCAAGUGCGUCCCCCGGGCCAUCGUCGCCGACCUGGAGCCCACCUGCGUCGAUGAGAUCCGGACGGGCGCGUACCGCUGCCUCUUCCACCCGUCCCAGCUGGUGUCGGGCAAAGAGGACGCCGCGUCCAACUUCGCGAGGGGCUUCUACACGGUGGGGAGGGAGAUGGUCGAGGUGGUGCUGGAGCGCAUCCGGGUGCUCACGGAGGACUGCGGGGGGCUGCAGGGCUUCCUGCUGUUCCGCGCGUACGGUGGCGGCACGGGGUCGGGCUUCGCGACACUGCUGCUCGAGCGCCUCAUGGAGGACUACUCCAAGACCAGCAAGCUCGAGUUCGCCGUCUUCCCGGCCCCGCAGAUCUCCCCGGUGAUCGUGGAGCCGUACAACGCCGUCCUCUGCACGCACGGCUCCCUGGAGAUCGAGGACUGCUGCUUCGUGAUGGACAACGAGGCCGUGUACGACAUCUGCGACCGCCACCUGGACGUGCCCCGACCCACCUACACCAACCUGAACCGCCUCCUCGGCCAGGUGGUGUCCGCGGUCACGGCCUCGCUGCGCUUCGAGGGCUGCCUCAACGUGGACCUGGUGGAGUUCCAGACCAACCUGGUCCCGUACCCGCGCCUGCACUUCCCACUCAUCACCUACGCGCCCUUCGUGUCGGCGGGCAAGGCCUACCACGAGGCGCUGUCCGUCGGCCAGCUCACGUCGGCCUGCUUCGAGCCCACCAACCAGAUGGUCCGCUGCAGCCCAGUCGACGGCAAGUACAUGGCGUGCUGCCUGCUGUACCGCGGCGACGUCACGCCCACCGACGUCAACAGCGCCGUGCAGGCCAUCAAGAGCAAGAAGUCCAUCCGCUUCGUGGACUGGUGUCCGACGGGCUUCAAGAUCGGCAUCAACUACCAGCCGCCCACCACGGUGCCGGGCGCCGACCUGGCGCCGGUCAUCCGGGCCGUCACCAUGCUGUCCAACUCCACGGCCAUCAGGGUGGCGUGGGAGAAGCUCAACAGGAAGUUCGACCUGAUGCACCGGAAGCGCGCUUUCGUGCACUGGUAGGGCACGCAUUUGAACCAUGCCUUGAGAGAGAUUUACGCAAAU